AAAUAACGCACUCGUGCGCAUCAAUACAUCACAGCAUCUGCGCAGUUGAUGUUUUCUAACACGGAAGUACAUUUCCUAAAUGUGCGGUUAGUCCAUGAAUUAAGCAAACCGUGUUUCAUCUACAGUACAGCGAAGCUACUUUAACAUCAUGACGCUCCGAGCUUGUGGCUUUAUAAUAUUUCGCCGCCUGGCACAUCCUCCUUCCCCAGACAACAUCCAGUAUCUUCUCCUGCAAACCUCAUAUGGACAACACCACUGGACUCCACCCAAAGGUCAUGUUGACCCUGGAGAGGAUGACCUGACCACCGCAUGGAGAGAGACUCAGGAGGAGGCGGGUUUGGGUCAAGAGCAUCUGCGUGUGGUUGAUGGCUUUUUGCAGAGAUUGCAUUAUCAAGUGCGGGGUAAGGAAAAGGAGGUCCUCUAUUGGCUGGCAGAGCUUCGUGACCCUGGCAUAAAGGUCAAACUGUCGGAUGAGCACCAAGACUACCGCUGGGUCAAGUUGGACGAGGCGUGCAGGCUUGCGAAGUACACGGAUCUACAAGACACUCUUAAAAACGUGCAGCGGUUUUUGGAGAAGGCAGAAAAGAAACCGUGAUGCUGACUCCACAUCUCAGAAACUGUAUAUAUUGAAUACAUAGUCAAGACUUAUGUGAGGAAUUUAUGUGCUAUAAUGCCUAAGAGUGUCUUAAUAAUGGGGUUCUUAUGUAGUUUUUAUCAAAGCUCCAAAUCAAAUAAAAGUAAUUCACUUCAGCAGAGAUUUUGUGCUUUGUCCCAUCAGGCAAAAAUGAAGGUUUCAUCUUAUACCAUAGUGCUACUGCAUGCUCAAGUCUGAUUGGUCAGAAAGUGUUGAAUCCUUUUCUCUAACAGCUCAUCAUGAACAGGCCGUUUACAAGGUAACGACUUGCGCAUGGACACUCCACGUAAACAAAUUCUUUUACAAAUGUGUGUAAUAAUCGUUCAUAUAGACGAGUGAGGAGAUUGUUUAUUUAGCAUUUUUGGAAGGAGUUUCCUGAUGUGCCUUUACGGUCUCCAGCAUGAAAGUCUACAUGUCCAUUUUACCAAAAAAAAAAAAACCAACCCAGAAAUGCUGGUGAGGGAACAGUUGAUUUGAGCUGUUAUAACAUAACUUGUUUUGUGGGUGUCCCACAACAUUAAACAUAACGACAAACGGCUAAAACGUACAUGUUCGUGUUUAAAAUAUUGUAAACGAUGGCAGAUUGCUGUUACUGGAGAAUAAUCAACUUUGGGGUUGUAAUGUUUUUGUGUUUAUGUUGGCAACGCAAACAAAUCCUUCCCUCUGGGGAAAAAAGUAUCAUACAGGUUUAAAUCCCUUUUACUUUAUACGUGAAGAAUUUAUUAAAAUCUUUACUGAUGCUCAAAUAAUUGCCUUUAGACUUCUAUGAUGUGAGUUCCAAGUAAACAGGCUUCAAAUUAUUUUCUCAAUACAGGAAAAUGCAAUCCCACUUAUGUUAUGUUCGAUGUAAUAGAUGCUGUGAACAGGGUUUCCGUCGAAGAACGCUCUAUUCCUCUAAAUAUAAGUACAAGCAUCAGACAAAUAUUCCCAAAUGUAGAAUAUAAAUAUCUAAGGAAUGGCAAUUAGAAAAUAAUCCAUUUUAAUGCAUUGUUACUGUUACCAGCCCAAAUGGUAUUAUUUUUCUACAUCCCAAAGUGUUAUUCCUCUUAUACCACAGCAACCUGCCAAGGCUUAGAUUAGUUUUAUGUAUUAACAAACUACAUGUUGUACAUUUUAUAGACAAGUAUCUUAUUAACUUGAAGAAAUAAAUGAUAACAGGAACUAAUUUAUUUCAUGGCUAUUCCACAACAUUAAACCUAACCAUAAACUGA